AUGGCAUCGCUGCCUCCUCCUCCACCGCCCGGUUGGGGUGCGUCGGCGCCGCCUUCGCUGCCCAUGGCUCCUCCGCCGCCAGGAUACCAACCCCCAGCUGACCCGACCGUCGCAAAGUUCGCGCAAAAGAAGACUGAAUGGCUGCGAACGCAACGGAAUCGGUUUGGAGAGAAGAGGAAGGGUGGUUUUGUCGAGACGCAGAAGGUCGACAUGCCCCCAGAGCAUCUGCGAAAGAUUGUCAGGGAUAUCGGUGAUGUAUCGCAGAAAAAGUUCAGCAACGAGAAACGCAGCUAUCUGGGUGCUCUCAAGUUCAUGCCCCAUGCGGUUUUGAAGCUGUUGGAGAACAUGCCCAUGCCGUGGGAGUCUACCAGGGAAGUGAAAGUCUUAUACCAUGUGAACGGUUGCUUGACUUUGGUCAAUGAGACUCCAAGGGUUGUUGAGCCCAUUUUCCACGCCCAGUGGGCAACGAUGUGGGUGUGUAUGCGAAGAGAGAAGAGCGACCGACGGCACUUUAAGCGAAUGCGAUUUCCUCCCUUCGAUGACGAGGAGCCGCCCCUCUCCUGGUCGGAGAAUAUCGAAGAUGUCGAACCUUUGGAACCCAUUCAGAUGGAGCUCGAUGAGUCUGAAGACGCCCCGGUCUAUGAAUGGUUUUACGACCAUCGACCACUUCUUGAUACAUCACAUGUGAACGGUCCAAGCUAUAGGAAAUGGAACUUGACGCUUCCGCAAAUGGCAACCCUCUACCGCUUGAGUCACCAGCUGCUGAGUGAUGUCGUCGACCAGAACUAUUUCCACAUGUUCGACCUGAACAGUUUCUUUACCGCCAAAGCACUAAACGUCGCCAUUCCUGGCGGUCCUCGCUUCGAGCCUUUGUAUAAAGAUAUCGAUCCUAACGAUGAAGAUUUCAGCGAGUUCAACGCUAUUGACCGCAUCAUUUUCCGCGCACCUAUCCGAACCGAAUACCGAGUUGCAUUCCCCUUUUUGUACAAUACCCUCCCAAGAAGCGUUAAGAUUUCUUGGUACUCUCACCCCCAAGUUGUAUAUGUCCCAACAAGCGAUCCUAACCUCCCCGCCUUCUACUUCGACCCCGCAAUCAACCCUAUCUCUUCCCGCUCCGUUGCCCCCAAGAAUGUCACUGUCAGCCUUGAGGAUGAGGUUUUCGGAUAUGGAAACAAUGAAGAUGACUUUGAACUUCCUGGGGACGUGGAGCCUUUUUUCAAUGAUGAGGAACUUUACACACCGGAUACUGCUUCGGCUAUCUCUCUUUGGUGGGCUCCUCAUCCGUUCAACAAGCGCUCUGGAAAGAUGAUCCGUGCGCAGGAUGUGCCGCUGGUGAAGCAAUGGUACUUAGAACACUGCCCUCAAGGCCAGCCUGUCAAAGUGCGCGUGUCUUACCAGAAGCUUCUUAAGACUUACGUGCUCAACGAGUUGCACAAGAAGAAGCCCAAGGCUCAGAAUAAGCAAGAUUUGCUGAAGACGUUGAAGUCGACAAAGUUCUUCCAGCAGACAACUAUCGACUGGGUUGAGGCUGGUCUGCAAGUGUGCCGUCAAGGUUUCAACAUGCUGAAUCUUCUGAUCCAUCGCAAGAACUUGACCUACUUGCAUUUGGAUUACAACUUCAAUCUGAAGCCGGUUAAGACCUUGACGACCAAAGAGCGAAAGAAGUCCCGUUUUGGAAAUGCUUUCCACCUUAUGCGAGAAAUUUUGCGUCUCACCAAACUAAUUGUCGACGCUCAAGUUCAAUAUCGCCUGGGCAACAUCGAUGCCUUCCAGCUUGCUGAUGGUAUUCUCUAUGCGUUCAACCAUGUCGGACAGCUGACCGGUAUGUAUCGCUACAAGUAUAAAUUGAUGCACCAGAUUCGGUCUUGUAAAGAUCUGAAACAUUUGAUCUACUACCGCUUCAACUCUGGACCAGUCGGUAAAGGCCCUGGUUGUGGUUUCUGGGCGCCAGCAUGGCGUGUCUGGUUAUUCUUCAUGCGCGGUAUCAUUCCUCUCCUCGAGAGAUGGCUUGGGAACUUGCUCUCUCGUCAGUUUGAAGGUCGCCACAGCAAGGGAGUUGCCAAGACGGUCACUAAGCAGCGCGUGGAAUCUCAUUUUGAUCUGGAACUGCGUGCUUCCGUUAUGGCGGAUUUGAUGGAUAUGAUGCCUGAAGGCAUCAAACAGAACAAAGUUAACACUGUCCUCCAGCAUUUGUCGGAAGCCUGGAGAUGUUGGAAGAGCAAUAUUCCUUGGAAGGUUCCUGGUCUCCCUGCACCUAUUGAAAACAUCAUUCUUCGCUAUGUCAAGAGCAAGGCGGACUGGUGGAUUUCUGUUGCACACUACAAUCGUGAAAGAAUUCGCCGUGGUGCCACAGUCGACAAGACCGUGGCCAAGAAGAAUCUUGGUCGUCUGACUCGUCUGUGGCUUAAGUCUGAGCAAGAGCGUCAGCACAACUAUCUGAAGGACGGACCGUAUGUGUCGUCUGAAGAAGCUGUGGCCAUCUAUACCACAAUGGUACACUGGCUUGAGUCACGCAAGUUCUCACCAAUUCCCUUCCCUAGUGUUUCUUAUAAGCACGACACUAAGAUUUUGAUUCUCGCUUUGGAACGUCUGCGUGAAUCGUACUCUGUCAAAGGUAGACUUAACCAGAGCCAGCGUGAAGAAUUGGCUCUUAUUGAGCAGGCAUAUGACUCCCCCGGAACGACACUCGCUAGAAUCAAGCGUUUCCUUCUGACUCAACGCGCAUUCAAGGAGGUUGGAAUCGAUAUGAACGACAACUACAACAACAUCAACCCAGUGUACGAUGUCGAGCCCAUUGAAAAGAUUACCGAUGCCUACCUCGAUCAAUAUCUUUGGUACCAGGCUGAGCAGCGCCACCUCUUCCCCGCCUGGAUCAAGCCAUCUGAUUCCGAAGUCCCUCCUCUCUUGACCUAUAAGUGGGCUCAAGGUAUUAACAACCUAUCCAACGUGUGGGAGACAGCUGAUGGCGAAACGAACGUGAUGAUUGAAACGGAGCUUUCUAAGGUCUACGAGAAGAUUGAUCUUACAUUGUUGAACCGACUGCUCCGCUUGAUCAUGGACCACAACUUGGCGGACUACAUCACCUCCAAGAACAACGUGCAGCUUAGCUACAAGGAUAUGAACCACACAAAUAGUUAUGGGUUGAUUCGAGGUCUUCAGUUCUCCGGCUUCGUGUUCCAGUACUAUGGCUUGAUGAUCGACUUGUUGCUUCUUGGUUUGCAGAGAGCCAGUGAAAUGGCUGGCCCUCCCCAAAGCCCGAAUGACUUUUUGCAGUUCAGGGACCGUGCGACCGAGACUAGACAUCCUAUCCGUCUGUACACUCGCUACGUUGACAAGAUUUGGGUCUUCUUCCGGUUCAAUGCGGACGAAUCUCGUGACCUGAUCCAGCGGUUCUUAACUGAAAACCCGGACCCCAACUUCGAGAAUGUGAUCGGUUAUAAGAAUAAAAAAUGCUGGCCUCGCGACUGCCGCAUGCGCUUGAUGCGUCAUGAUGUCAAUCUGGGUCGUGCCGUUUUCUGGGAUCUCAAGAAUCGUCUGCCUAGAUCUAUCACCACCAUCGACUGGGAUGAUACCUUUUCCAGCGUUUAUAGCAAGGAUAACCCUAACCUUUUGUUCUCUAUGUCUGGAUUUGAGGUUCGGAUUCUUCCCAAGAGUCGCAACCAGAACGAAGAGUUUUCAGUGAAGGAUAGUGUUUGGUCUCUGGUUGACAACUCAACAAAGGAGCGAACAGCCCAUGCGUUCCUGCAAGUGACCGAGGAGGAUAUCCAGAAGUUCAACAACCGCAUUCGACAGAUCCUCAUGUCGUCUGGCUCGACCACUUUCACCAAAAUUGCCAACAAGUGGAACACUGCGCUGAUUGCGCUCUUCACAUACUACCGUGAAGCUGCUGUUUCCACUGUCAAUCUCUUGGACACCAUCGUGAAGUGUGAGACCAAGAUUCAGACUCGAGUCAAGAUCGGAUUGAACUCCAAGAUGCCGUCUCGUUUCCCCCCCGCUGUCUUCUAUACCCCCAAGGAGCUAGGUGGUUUGGGUAUGAUUUCCGGCUCACAUAUCCUUAUCCCUGCUAGCGAUAAGCGGUGGUCGAAGCAAACAGACACAGGAAUCACCCAUUUCCGAUCGGGUAUGUCUCACGAUGAGGAGACCCUGAUUCCGAAUAUCUUCCGUUACAUCAUUCCCUGGGAAGCCGAAUUCAUCGACUCCCAGCGAGUGUGGAUGGAGUAUUCCCAGAAGCGCCAGGAGGCCCAGCAACAAAAUCGUCGUCUUACCCUAGAGGACUUGGAGGACAGCUGGGACCGGGGUCUGCCUCGUAUCAACACACUUUUCCAGAAGGAUCGUAGUACACUCAGCUUCGACAAAGGUUUCCGUCUUCGUGCCGAGUUCAAGCAGUACCAGCUCAUGAAGAGUAAUCCCUUCUGGUGGACUAGCCAACGACAUGAUGGCAAGCUGUGGAACUUGAAUGCUUACCGUACGGACGUUAUCCAGGCACUUGGUGGUGUUGAAACUAUUCUCGAACAUACCCUGUUUAAAGCAACUGCUUUCCCAUCAUGGGAAGGUCUAUUCUGGGAAAGAGCAUGUCUUGCUAAGGGAACACGGCUGCUGUUAUACGAUGGUAGCGAAAUUGAGGUCCAGGAUGUCCGAGAGGGAGAUUUACUUCUUGGUCCUGACGGCGGUCCUCGUCGCGCUUUCAACAUCGUGAAUGGCAAAGACCGUCUCUAUCGCAUUAAAAUCGGCGCGGACAAAGAGGAUCUUGUAGUGACGCCAAACCAUAUACUCGUUCUUCACCGGGAAAAGAGCGCAUCAGAACCAUCAGAAAGCUAUGACACCGUGGAAAUGACUGCCGAAGAGUUCGCUGCCCUCAGUCCUGAAGAACUGAGUCGGUAUCGACUAUUCAGAUCUCCUAGCUUUGACUUGCCCGAACAAGGCGUUGAGCAGUUGACGCCCCAAGCUCACAGGUUUACGAUCAAAGACAUUUCCCUCGAAAACGAGACUACGGAGUGGGCCGGUUUUAGAGUCGACAAAGAUCAACUUUACCUACGGCACGAUUACCUUGUUUUACAUAACAGUGGUUUUGAAGACUCUAUGAAAUUUAAGAAGCUCACGAAUGCCCAGAGGUCUGGUUUGAACCAAAUUCCUAACCGUCGAUUCACUUUGUGGUGGUCGCCAACAAUCAACCGUGCGAACGUUUAUGUUGGUUUCCAGGUGCAAUUGGAUCUUACUGGUAUCUUCUUGCACGGAAAGAUUCCCACCUUGAAGAUCUCUUUAAUUCAGAUCUUCCGUGCUCACUUGUGGCAAAAGAUUCACGAGUCUGUUGUCAUGGAUUUAUGUCAGGUCUUCGACCAGGAGCUUGAGCAGCUGGGUAUUGAGGCUGUCCAGAAGGAGACUAUUCACCCGCGUAAAUCAUACAAGAUGAAUAGCUCGUGCGCGGAUAUUCUCCUCUUUUCUAAUAACAAGUGGAAUGUGACCCGGCCCUCUCUCUUAUUCGAUACCAAGGACGUGUAUGAGCCCACUACGACAAACAAAUUCUGGCUCGAUGUGCAGCUACGAUACGGUGAUUACGAUUCUCACGACAUUGAACGAUAUGUCCGUGCUAAGUACCUGGACUACACAACGGACAGCAUGAGUAUCUAUCCAUCUGCAACGGGUCUGAUGGUUGGAAUUGACCUUGCUUACAACCUCUACUCGGCGUACGGCCAGUACUUCCCUGGGUUGAAGACCUUGAUUCAGCAAGCGAUGGCGAAGGUGAUGAAGGCCAACCCUGCUCUGUAUGUAUUGAGAGAACGUAUCCGCAAGGGUCUGCAGCUCUACGCCUCUGAGAGCAACCAGGAGUUCCUCAACUCACAGAACUACUCGGAGCUCUUUAGCCCUCAGAUCCAGUUGUUCAUUGAUGAUACAAACGUCUACCGUGUCACUAUUCACAAAACCUUCGAGGGUAACUUGACCACCAAGCCCAUCAACGGCGCUAUCUUCAUCUUCAACCCCAGAACCGGACAGCUGUUUUUGAAGAUCAUCCAUACUAGUGUCUGGGCUGGCCAGAAGCGUCUGGGUCAGCUGGCUAAGUGGAAAACUGCGGAAGAAGUAGCGGCGCUCAUUCGAUCCCUGCCAGUCGAAGAACAGCCCAAACAACUUAUCGUCACCCGUAAAGGUCUGCUUGAUCCUCUUGAAGUUCACCUUCUGGAUUUUCCCAACAUUUCUAUCCGUGCUUCGGAACUUCAGCUACCCUUCCAGGCUGCUAUGAAGGUUGAGAAGUUGGCCGACAUAAUACUCCGUGCGACAGAGCCCCAGAUGGUCCUUUUCAACCUCUAUGAUGAAUGGCUGAAGACGAUCUCGCCUUACACCGCCUUCUCCCGUUUAAUUUUGAUACUCCGUGCUCUUCACGUUAACAUCGACAAGGCCAAGAUCAUCCUCCGUCCGGAUAAGAGCGUUAUCACCCUUGAACAUCACAUCUGGCCCUCGCUGUCUGAUGAAGAUUGGAUGAAGGUUGAAGUGCAGUUACGUGAUUUGAUUCUAAAUGAUUAUGGCAAGAAGAACAAUGUCAACGUUCAGAGUUUGACUAGCAGUGAGGUUCGAGAUAUCAUUCUGGGCAUGGAAAUUAGUGCACCUUCGCUCCAGCGACAACAGGCAGCGGAGAUCGAAAAGCAGCAGGAGGAACAGAAGCAACUCACAGCUGUGACAACGAAGACACAAAACGUGCGUGGUGAAGAUAUUAUUGUCACCACCACGUCUCAGUAUGAACAACAGUCGUUCGCAUCUAAGACUGAAUGGCGUACCCGGGCGAUUGCGACAUCUAAUCUCCGGACGAGAUCAAACAAUAUCUACAUUUCUUCGGACGAUAUUCGAGAUGAGGGUUACACGUACAUUAUGCCUAAGAACAUCCUCAAGCGAUUCAUCAUGAUUGCCGAUCUUCGGGUGCAAGUGGCAGGAUACCUAUACGGAAGCUCACCGCCGGAUAACGAUCAGGUGAAGGAGAUUCGAACCAUUGUAAUGAUCCCCCAGGUCGGUAAUACUCGCGAGGUGCAACUACCACAACAGCUCCCACAGCAUGAUUACCUAAACAACCUCGAGCCCUUGGGUGUGAUCCAUACUAUCUCCGGAAAUGAGCCGCCGUACAUGACGGCGAUGGAUGUGACUCAGCAUUCCCGCUUGAUGAAUGCUCAUCCAUCGUGGGAUAAGAAGACGGUCACCAUGACCGUGUCCUUUACACCAGGAUCCGUCUCUCUCGCCGCAUGGGGACUGACGCCCCAGGGUUACAAGUGGGGAGCUGAGAACCGGGAUACUACUUCUGACCAGCCGCAAGGAUUCUCGACCAGCAUGGGUGAGAAAUGCCAAUUACUCCUGAGUGACAAAAUCCGUGGAUAUUUCCUCGUCCCCGAGGACAGUGUGUGGAACUACAGCUUCAUGGGAAGCGCGUAUGGAAGUGUUGAGAAACGGCCGGUGUAUGUCAAGAUUGACACGCCUCUACGGUUCUACGAUGAUCAACACCGCCCACUGCACUUCCAGAACUUUGCAGAAUUGGAAGAUAUCUGGGUUGAUCGAUCUGAUAACUUUGCUUAA